AUGCUCCAAUCAAGGACGCUUCACUCCUCUUUUGUCCGUCUGCAAUCAUCACCCAAGGAUGGCAGUACUGGUGUAGACCCUGGAUACUCUACAACAAAGCAAACGAUCGAACAAGAACGUGAAGAACCAGAAUAUGCUCCAAAACUAUCUCAUAUGUCCGACCCUUUCCCUCUACCGUUUGAUCCACGUUUGCAAGGAUUAUCAAUGUCAAGCGAACAUCAAUCGGAAGGCUUGGUGAAUGGCGUUGAAGAGCCAAUCCCAUUACGGGUUCCAGGACGUGAGCCAGGUGAAGAAACAAGAGAGACCAAAGUCAAGAGAUUGAUAUGGCAAGCACGUAAGCGUGGAACGUUGGAAGCUGAUCUUCUGUUGGCUACAUUUGCAAAGAAAGAGCUCUCCGCUUUGCAAGAAGAAGAGUUGGAUGAAUUCGAUCGAUUACUAGACGAACCAGAUUGGGAUAUCUUCUAUUGGAUGACAGACAGAAAACCCGUUGUGGAACGAUGGAAAGAGUCAUUUGAAACAGAAGGAAGACUAGGUUGGAGAAUGCGAAAACAUGCAAAGAACGAAGAAAAGGAAACAAGAUUUAUGCCAAAUAUCUAA